UUACAACUUCAAAAUACAUGCCACCAACGUCACCGAUGGGAGCAAUAUCGGAGUCUGCUGCCGCUCAACUUUUAGAUUUUUCUCAGCGCCUCGAUAUUGGACUUCUAGACCGCGUUGUAAACUGUAUGUAUCAUGAAGCAGGGGAUCAACAAAAAAUCGCAGAAAAAGUUUUAAACACACUCAAGGAACAUCCAGAUGCAUGGAUGCGUGUAGAUUCAAUUCUCGAAUUUAGUUCAAACCAAGAAACGAAGUAUUUCGCGCUUCAGAUACUUGAAGCAUUGAUCAAAACACGUUGGAAAGUCUUAGCUCGGCCUCAAUGUGAAGGUAUCAAAAAGUACAUUGUCGGUUUGAUCAUCCAAACAUCAUCUAGUUCAGAACUCUUGGAGUCGGAAAAGACGUAUCUUGGAAAGUUAAAUAUGAUUCUGGUUGAGAUAUUAAAACAUGAAUGGCCUAAUAACUGGUCAACAUUCAUCAGUGACAUUGUUGGAGCAAGUAAAACCAACGAAUCUUUAUGUCAAAACAAUAUGGUUAUCUUGCGUCUGUUAAGCGAAGAAGUUUUCGACUUCUCUUUGGGUCAAAUGACUCAGACAAAAGCCAAACAUCUAAAAGACUCUAUGUGUCAGCAGUUCAGCUUGAUUUUCCAACUUUGUCAGUAUGUCCUGGAAAACUCCCAAAACGCAUCUCUAGUUGUGUCGACGCUGGAGACGCUACUUCGUUUCAUGCACUGGAUUCCUCUAGGAUAUAUAUUUGAAACUAAUCUCAUACAAACUCUGGUAUUUAAAUUCUUCAAUGUCCCUCUGUUCCGAAAUGUCACUUUGAAAUGUCUUGCAGAAAUAGCGGGUGUAGUGCUAGUUGAAGAAUAUGAUACUCAGCUAGUAGAACUGUUUGUUUCUACUACCGAAAAAUUAAAAGAGAUGUUGCCCCUGGAAACACGAUUAAAAGAAGCGUACGAACGCGGAAGUAAUGAUGAACAAAAUUUUAUCCAAAACUUGGCGAUUUUCUACACAACGUUCCUCAAAGUUCAUAGCAGUCUCGUCGAAAAACCUGAGUUUAUUUGGAAGUUACAAGAUGCUUAUGCUUAUCUUUUGAUGCUCUCCGAAGUCGAGGAAAGGGAAAUAUUCAAGAUUUGCUUAGAAUACUGGAAUAUUUUAGUUUCUGACCUAUAUCGAGAAAGUCUUACAACUACUGUGGUUGGAACAUUAGCUGAAUCCGCCACUGGUGAAGGUCGAAGUAAACAAUAUGCAGCAAUUUUAUCGAAGCUCCGAAGAAUCAUGAUUUCACGCAUGGCUCGUCCUGAAGAAGUACUUGUAGUUGAAAAUGAACAUGGAGAGGUUGUCAGAGAGUUUAUGAAGGAUACAGAUAGUCUUAAUUUGUACAAGAGCAUGCGUGAAACAUUGGUUUACCUAACUCAUUUGGACUAUUCAGACACAAAGAAGAUUAUGAUCGAAAAGCUGCAACACCAAGUGGAUGGGCGAGAGUGGUCAUGGCAUAACCUUAACACUCUUUGCUGGGCAAUUGGUAGCAUCUCUGGUGCUAUGCAGGAAGAUGAUGAAAGAAGCUUUUUAGUUAUUGUGAUUCGAGACCUUCUUGGACUGUGUGAACAAAAACGUGGAAAAGAUAAUAAAGCUAUUGUUGCGAGUAAUAUCAUGUACGUUGUUGGUCAAUAUCCCCGAUUUUUACGCGCACACUGGAGAUUCUUAAAAACUGUAAUUACGAAGCUUUUUGAAUUUAUGCAUGAAACGCAUGAAGGUGUGCAAGAUAUGGCAUGUGAUACUUUCAUUAAAAUUGCUCAGAAAUGUCGGCGACAAUUAGUAACUGUACAGUACGGAGAAGCAGUCGAAUUUAUUGAGGAGAUUUUAAAAGAAAUUGAUAUCAUAAUCAAUGAUUUACAACCUCAACAAGUUCACACAUUUUAUGAAGCUGUAGGAGUUAUUAUUAGUGCACAACUUGACUCAGUUGUUGAGGCCAAGCAAAUAGAAAGACUUUUCCGCUUACCUAAUCAAAUUUGGGAUGGAAUUCUCGUCCAAGCUGCAUGCAACAUUGAUUUAUUAAGAGAUUUUGAAGUUGUACAGCAGCUUUGUAAUUUAUUGAAAACGAAUCACAGUGCUUGCAAAUCCCUUGGACAUUCUUAUCUUGUACAGCUUGGUCGGAUUUACUUGGACAUGUUAAAUGUUUAUAAGAUAAUGUCCCAAAAUAUUGGUCAAGCUGUGGCUACCAAUGGAGAGCAGGUGACAAAACAGCCGCUUAUUCGCAGUAUGCGAUCAGUUAAAAAAGCGAUAUUGAAUCUAUUAUCUUGUUGGAUAAAAAGAACUACUGAUCCUGUAUUUGUGGCAGAAAAUAUUUUACCUCCGUUAUUAGACGCCGUAGCUGACGAUUACCAAAAAAAUCUUCCCGCUGCUCGAGAGGCAGAAGUUCUAAACUUAAUGGCUACUCUUGUUAAUUGUCUUGAAGGACAUAUUCUUCCAGCUCUGCCUCGUGUUUUAGAUGCUGUCUUUCAGUCGACUCUGGAGAUGAUCGAUAAAGACUUGGAAGAAUUUCCCGAGCAUCGAACUAAUUUCUUUACCCUUCUGCAAGCUGUAAACGCGCAUUGUUUCUCUGCUUUGUUAAGCUUAACAUCUGAUAAGUUCAAACUGAUUUUAGAUAGUGUCAUUUGGGCAAUCAAGCACACUAUGAGACAAGUCUCAGAAACAGGACUCAAUAUACUACAUACAAUGCUUGUAAAUAUGUCUGGUGCAAAUUCCGAAAAACGCCAGGUGUUUUUUAAAACAUUCUUCAUGGAUAUUCUUCAGCACAUGUUUGCUGUCAUUACUGAUCGCUCUCAAACAGGAAAUUUAACUCUCCAGUCAUCACUGUUGGCUUAUAUGUUUAAAAUAGUGGAGAACGACAUCAUCACAGUUCCGCUUGGUGAUGCUCCUGAGUCAACAACCAUACAAGGUUCAAAAGGCAAUGUACAGUAUGUACACCAAAGCUUAAGUCAGUUAUUAAAACAAGUUUUCCCUCACCUGCAAGAUACACAAAUUCGUGUUUUUAUUGAUGGACUAUUUUCAUUUGAUCAAGACGUGGCAGCAUUUCGUGAACACGUGCGUGACUUUCUUGUCCAGAUACGCGAGGUUGCCGGGGAAGAUUUAUCUGAUUUAUAUUUGGAAGAAAGGGAAGCUGAAAUUGCUCAAGCUCAAGCAGCAAAACUAAGACGUCAAGCAUGUGUCCCUGGAAUUUUGGGUCCCCAUGAAGUUGAUAUGUGUGACUAGUUGAAAGACUUUCAGACCAAUUUUAAUGCAUUUUAAUUUUCGAGUUAGAACUAACAUUCCCUGAAAUCUUACACAUAUGUGACAGUAUAUAUGUCGUUUCGAUGAUAACCGAUAAUUUCUUUUCUAUAUAGUGUUUCAUGAGAACCACUUGAUUCAUUAUUGUCAAUAUAACUUUUCCACAAUACAGUAUCCAAACAUGACAAUGUUCUACUUGUAAUGAACUACUUACAUAAAAACUUUGCAAGGCUAUACACAGUUACCCUUAAAUGAUUCUUUAAUUA